CAAUGUUCAAGACACGGCCAACGCCUUUGCUUAAAAAGCCAUGGAGGGAGCAGGAGUUCAGCGAAAGGGUAAAGGAUGAACUUCUAGAAGAAAUCCGAAACUACAAGAGUCUGACAGAGACAGUGGAGGAGCCCAGAAUCCUCCUGGUCGGGCAGAUUGGAGCUGGGAAAAGCAGCUUCUUCAACUCGGUGAACAGCAUCUUCAGAGGUCAUGUGAUUCUGCAGGCCACAUCUGGGUAUGGAGACACCAGUGUGAGCAAACGGUACAGAACAUAUCCGGUUCAAGACGGAAAAGGUGGAAAGAGUCUGCCAUAUGUCCUGAGUGAUACCAUGGGUCUGGAAAAUGGCGAUGGCGAGGGGAUCCAAGUGGAGGACAUCAUUAGCGUCAUUAAAGGACACGUCCCGGACUUGUAUGAGUUCAAUCCCAAGGCCCCGAUAACCGCACAUGACGACCGCUACAGAGAGAAGCCCUGUCAGGCUGAUAAGGUGCAGUGCGUCGUCUACGUACUUCAAGCAGACAACAUCCACAUCGUUAAAAAGUCUCUUCUGCAGAAGUUUGCUAAAAUCCGGUCUGAAGUGAACAGCAUGGGGAUCCCUCAGCUCGUGUUGGUCACUAAGAUCGAUGAAGCCUGCACGAAAGUUAGAAAAGACCUGACCAAAGUGUACAGGAGCCGCUACCUUUAUGAGAAGGUGAUUCAGCUUGGAAAGACUUUAGGAGCCCCUAUCUCCUCCAUCUCCCUGGUUAAGAGCUACUCCUCGGAGACGGAGCUCAGUCUUAAUGUGGACAUUUUGAUCCUGAAGGCCCUGCAGCAGAUGCUGAGAGCCACUGAUGCCUGCUUAGAUGAUGUAAAGCUGAAAUGCCGCACUGAGACAACCAGCUCUGAAGGCUUUUAUCCUUUAUUUCAAUAACGUGACACCAUGUGUCCGUUUUAAUCUUUAUAAAUCCACUUAUUUCAAGACAGGUUUGGAUACUGGGAACUCCAGUCCACAAACAAACACACUGACUCACACCAGCAUGGAUUAAUCCAAGGGUGUGCGGGGGGACCUGAGGAAAACGCAGAAAGUCCACCUGGAUAACCGACCCCCCAAUGUGCCAGCCAUGUCAAUGGCGUGACGUAGUCAUGUGGAGCUGCUGGGAAUUGUCUGAUGUUUGUUCUUCAGUUUUGACACAUCUUUUGCCUCGCUCGGCUGUCCUCGUCAUUUCACAUUGUUUAACGUGGACAUUCAGCAUUAGGAGAUUCUUGAUAAUUGAUUACAAAUUAUUAGUUCUCACUGUCAAUUAUAUUUUAUUAGAUAAACAUUGGGCUUAAAGUGAUGUUUCUAGAGUUUGCAUGUUCUUUCCCUUCAAGUUUUUAUUCCUUAGCCAUCUGACCAUAGCAUUAGAGUUAUUGAUUAGAUACUUUACAGGAGCUCCAAAAAUAAAUAAAUAAAUAUUAUAAUAAAACCUCACAACAACCCUCCAAACACACUUAUGAACUUCUAGCUUGGACAAUACUGGACUGUCAAUGAGAGGCUUGUACAGUAGGUGGCAGUAAGAUGAGGUCAGACCACAACUUUAUAUUUAAACUUAUUAACAUUUCAAUAGAGAAGGUCCAGCUUGGGGUCUCUAGAAAUGGAACCUGAUGAUUGAUGUGUGUCUCCUUGUUUGAAGUCACCAGCAUUGAGAAUCAUCCAUCACUGAGUCAACCAGGAUGAAGUGCAGUAACGUAUCUCCCUGGGCGAUGAUUUAGACACAUUCAGUGUCAGGAUGACAUGUUUAGUUUAAUUGUACUGAGCUCACUUAUUCACCAUUGCACAUUCAAAUAAAUCUCCAGUCAUCAUCCCGAUUUAUCCACUUGAUAUGAUGAAACCUGU